AUGGUCCAAUCCGAAGUGCAAAACGACAAACCACUUAUCGCCAUCUUUGGAGCUGGAAUGAUGGGAAGCGGCAUUGCUCAGGUCUGCAUUCAAGCUGGCUACCCUGUUAACUUAUACGGAAGAAGCGAGAAGAAGCUUCUGGAGGCACGAGAAACCAUCAAAAAGAACUUGAUCCGUGUUGCUGGUAAGAAGACAGAAGUUCCAUCGGAACCAGCUGCACUGGAACAAAUCGCACUGCUCCAAUUGGAAUUGCUUCAGAUUCAUACUGAUAUUGCUUCUGCCGCAGAGGAUGCCGCUAUGGCCAUUGAAGCCGUGGCAGAGAAUUUGGAUCUCAAGUUAGACAUUUUCCAAACUAUUCAAAAGACUUGCCCAGAAAACUGUAUGCUUAUCACCAACACUUCAUCUCUAAAGCUCUCUCAAAUGACUCCAGUCAUCAAUAAUCCGUCUCUCUUCGCCGGACUCCACUUCUUCAAUCCAGUUCCUGUUAUGAAGCUUGUUGAAGUUGUUUCCACUGAUGAGACUUCUCCAGAAACCACAGAAUUCUUGUUCAACUUUUGUAAGGAGAUUAAAAAGUUGCCUGUUGCCGCCAAGGAUACUCCUGGAUUUAUUGUCAAUAGACUUCUUAUUCCAUAUCUGAUGGAUAGUAUCCGCAUGUUGGAGCGUGGAGAUGCUACUAAAGAGGACAUUGAUACUGCCAUGAGAUUUGGAACUUCCUAUCCAAUGGGACCAAUUGAGUUGUGCGAUUAUGUUGGGCUUGAUGUGUUGCAGAGUACCUUGAAGAUUUUCCGCGAAACUCUGCCUGGCGAUGCUCGUUUUGCUCCAAUUCAACUUCUAGACAAACUAGUCGCCGAGGGAAAACUUGGAAGAAAAACAAAGCAAGGAUUCUAUACUUAUUGA